AUGACGGGGUAUUCUGUGACUGGCAUCGGGAUUGAUGGAUCUGCGACGGCCAGGUUGAAUAUUUUCCCUGCUUAUCGGAAUAUGAUCUCCCUAUCUUCGGCGGAUGAGGGAGAGGAUAAGGCCAUGUCCAUGAAUAGUAUCGCCAACGACAGAUCCGAACCGGAUUGCCUGCAGGCAGCAGUGCAACUUCUCUUAAGAUUAGCGGAUACAGAAACGCCGCCUUCAAGCUUCGCCCAGCGACAAGAAGUCACGACGAAGCAUCGGACAUGGCGCGUCUCUUUGAUCCAGGUUCAAAACGGCGCAUUCACCGAUCUCGAUGUCAUUUACAAAGCUCUCAAAAGUGACUAA